AUGCUCAUAGAUUGGCUAACAUUUGAUAAGUAUCGUGCGAUGGCUGUAUAUGAUGCCCAUGGACCGCACAUAUCUCAAAUUGAAGUACAGUUAGCUGGUGUGUACGAAGCUAAUCAUGAUUAUGUAUCGAACCGACUAUAUCAUGGCAUUGAUGGACUCUUAUCAUGUUAUUUCGUGGACGAUGAUCAAGCUAAGCUAUUGUUUGAUACACGUCGUCUUGAUCGGUUUGCAUUGCUAUCAGCCAUUCAACGGCUCGGUUAUUCGGCACAACCUAUUGCCUCAGACUCACAAGCAAAUAUCGAAACAGCUCAAGUUGAAAUUCGUAUUGAAGGCAUGCAUUGCAAUUCCUGUGUAUCAAAUAUUUGCGACACUGUCGAAAAUCUGCCAGGUGCUUUUGACAUUCAUCUGACAUUUCAAGAUAAACUCGCUACUAUCAUCUAUGAUCCGAGUAUUUUGAAAAUUGACGACAUUAUCACAGAAAUUGAAAAGCUCGGCUUCCAAACAGCAAUCGCCAACAGUUACAUUAUUCAGAAUGGCAAAGCAUCAAAACAACAUCCAGUAAAAGAUGCAACCAUUGCAUGCGACAACAAAAGCAUUAAAACCUGUCAGACACCUAUAGAAGAUAUAUCAAGCAAGGUCGUGUUCAAGCCUCAGUCUCCUCGAAAACAUGAGACGCAGAGUAAACGUAUGGAAGAGAACGAUGGUUUAGAAACAUGUUUCUUAAAUGUUCUUGGUAUGACCUGUGCAUCCUGUGUUGAUAGAAUUCAACGUAAUAUUUCGAAAAUUGAAGGUAUUCACUCGAUAGUAGUGGCCUUGCUCGCCCAACGUGCUGAAGUUAAAUAUGAUCCAGAAUAUCUGUUACCAUCACAGAUUGCUAGUCUAAUCAAUGACCUUGGUUUUCAAGCCGAGGUUCUCGACACAGUGACGCGCGGUAUCGAAGUAAUCGACCUCAAUAUCGAGGGUAUGACGUGCGAUUCGUGCAUCAUCAAUAUUAAAACACAUAUGGCUAAGGUGCCAGGUAUUAAAUCGGUCGAUGUGGUUCUUCUCACUCAUAAAGGGCGGAUCAAGUAUGAUGCAAGUCUAAUCGGACCGCGAGACAUCAUCAAUCAUAUUGACGGUCUUGGCUUUACGGCAUCGGUACUCGCCGAAAAUAUCAAAUCAGAAGAUCUGGCACGAUUGCAUCGACGAGUAACACGCAGAUGGCGAAAUUCAUUUAUUCUCGCUGCCGUCUUCGGCGUACCAGCGAUGAUCAUCAUGCUUGUUUUCAUGUUCAAAUAUGCAGAUCAUGCAGUAGCACCGCAUAUUACAGCAGGCUUAUCCGUGGAAAAUCUUGUUAUGUUUUUGCUGGCUACUCCUGUGCAAAUCAUUAGCGGACGAUAUUUCUAUGUGCAAGCAUACAGAGCAGUGAAACACAAGACAACAAAUAUGGAUGUACUCAUUGUUUUGGCAACAACAAUUGCUUAUGUCUAUUCGCUGAUUGUUGUGAUAGUAAAUAUGAUUCUUAAAAUGCCCAGUCCCAUGUCAUUUUUCGACGUGUCUCCCAUGCUCUUUAUGUUUGUUUCUUUGGGCCGUUGGCUUGAACACAUUGCCAAAGGCAAGACAUCGGAAGCCUUGAAGAAGCUGUUAGCACUUCAACCACCUCAAGGUACACUUGUCAAGCUCGAUGACAAGGGAAAGAUCAUCGAAGAAAAAACCAUUCUAGCUCAACUCAUUCAACGCGAUGAUAUUCUUAAAAUUCUUCCCGGUGAGAUAAUUCCCACAGAUGGACGAAUUAUUGACGGAACAACAUCGUGCGACGAAUCACUUAUCACUGGUGAAUCGAUGCCUGUUGACAAAACAGUCGGUGCUCAAGUUGUUGGAGGUACAAAGAAUCUUGUUGGCUUAAUCAUCAUACGAGCAACACAUGUUGGCCAGGAGACAGCACUUAAACAGAUCAUUAAACUUGUUGAAGAUGCUCAAACAUCAAAGGCACCUAUUCAAGAGCUGGCCGACAAGAUUGCUAGCUACUUUGUACCAUUUGUUGUAUCAGUGUCUACGACUGUAUUAAUCAUGUACAUUAUUCUUGGCUACACAAUAUUUGAAAAAAUCAAACACUACUCAUCGUAUGCUCAGUCACACACCUAUCAAGCAACAAAAAAUGAAGUUGUCUUCGAACUUGCCUUUCGUUAUGCAAUUAGCGUCUUGUCAAUCGCGUGUCCAUGUGCUCUUGGUCUGGCCACACCAACUGCAGUCAUGGUUGGGACAGGAGUGGGCGCAUCAAAUGGUAUUCUGAUCAAAGGUGGAGAACCUCUUGAAUCGGCUUGUAGGGUACAUACAAUUGUUUUUGACAAGACAGGAACAAUUACUAAGGGAAAACCUAAUGUUGUCGACAAGCACAUUUUUAUACGGGAUAAACAUAUAACACUCGAUCGGAUGUUGGCUAUUGCAGCCACGGCCGAAAGUGGCUCAGAACAUCCGCUUGGCUUGGCCGUUCGAGCUCAUUGUAAAGAGCAUUUUGGUUCUGAUCAAUUAGGCCACUGUCAUGAUUUCAAAGCCGUUUGGGGCUAUGGCCUGACAGCUCGUGUCACUGACAUCGAAUGUCUUGUAUCUGACGAUAAUAUAUCACGUUCUUAUAUGGUUCUCAUCGGAAAUCGAGAAUGGAUGAUGCGUAAUAAUCUCAAGGUGGCUGAUAGUAUCGAUAAAAUCAUGUCACGACAUGAACACGACGGCCAUACGGCUAUUUUGAUAGCCAUUGACAACAAAUUGGUAGGCAUAUUGGCUAUAGCCGAUGAAAUCAAGGCAUCUGCUCCACUCACUAUCUAUGCUUUACAAUCACUUGGUCUGGACACCAUUUUAUUGACGGGUGACAAUGUCAAGACGGCUCGAGCCAUUGCUGCUCAGGUUGGAAUCAAAACUGUUUAUGCUGAAGUGUUGCCUACACAAAAAGAACGCUUUAUUGCUAAGCUUAAAGAACAGAUGGGUUCAAGGAAUAAAGUGGCUAUGGUGGGUGAUGGAAUCAAUGACUCACCAGCACUAGCUCGGGCUGAUGUUGGCAUUGCUGUAGGCACAGGAGCUGAUGUUGCCAUAGAAGCUGCUAAUAUUGUACUUGUUCGAGAUGAACUAUUUGAUGUUGUCGCUGCCAUUAUGCUCUCGAAGAAGACUGUCUGGCGAAUUCGACUCAACUUUAUCUGGGCCAGUGCAUAUAAUUUGAUCGGCAUUCCGAUUGCUGCAGGUGUACUUCUUCCUGCUGGUGUUCGAAUGAUGCCAUGGAUGGCUGCAGCUGCGAUGGCUCUUUCUUCAGUGACUGUCGUCAUUUCGUCGCUACUCUUGCGCUACUUUCGCAAGCCCACUAUGGAUAAAUAUAACAGUGACAAUCGAUUUCGUGAAUGGUCACAGAAGAAAUCAUCAGAUAUUAUAGUUCGACGUGGCAUCGAUAAAGUAUCACAUAAUCGCAAGAAAACAACGAGCCUUAUAUCCAGUCUUAAAGGUAGUCGACUCUCACAAAUUGUGUCUAACUCAAUAAAGGCAGUUAAAAAUGCUGUGAUGGAUGAAGAUAAGAAGACAGCUGCUCUCUUCAACGACAAUCGAUCGGUCACUCAUAGUUAUCAAGAGGAAAUAGAACUUCAAGCGACGACAUUGUAA